GGUUCCCUUUUUCUAACUUCUGGACUGUGGUUUAAGAUGGCCUUGCUGAGGCAUGUAUCUGGAAGAUAAAAAGGUGAGGAUCUUCCAAACUCCUGAGAAAUCUGUGACAUAGUAGUAGUAUGGGAUAAGAUCUGUCACUACCAGGUGGAAAGCAAGAGGUGGCGUUGAAGCUGACAAUGAAGAGAAUUUAAUGUGGAUGGACUGGACAGCCUCUAUGUGUUCCUUCCAACUCAGUAAGCUCUGCGGAGAAAGGCGGUCCAUGGGCUGCUGUCCUAGGCUCAGGCUUCAGUAAUGUUCUCGUGGAGCUGGCUACCAGUGACCAACUUGGAGCAGCUCUAUGACUUUUGACUAGAAGGUUCUUCUUACACGGGCUGUUUCUGAUGCUUGGAAGCUAUUCUUUCAGCCACAAAGAUGGUAAUAAAUCUUUGCCUCCCACAGUUCAGACCAAGAAUUCACUGCAAUAAGGUGUCAGCUGAUGGUUAUGAAGUAGAAAAUCUCAUCUCUGAAGACCUCACAAAGAGAAGCCAUGGCUUUAGGACAGAGUACUUCAUUAGACCUCCAAUCUAUGUGACAGUUUCCUUUCCCUUUAACGUAGAACUCUGUAGGAUUAAUAUAGAUCUCACAGCGGGCGGAUGCCAGAAUGUCACUGGCCUGGAAUUAUACACAUCUGCCUUAUCUAACAGAGCUUCUCUGGGUUCACACGAGUGCUGGACUACAGACCCAAUGGAGCUGUCUGUCCCAGACAAGGAGGCAUUCACCUUGGUAGGCAAAGUCCUGCUGAAAAACCAGAACCACGUGGUGUUCAGCCACCGGGGCUUCAAGGCCAGGCCACCUUUUAGCCCAAUGGAAGUCACACUCCUCUCUCCUGCUGUUGUAGCCCAGGAGCUCUGGAAUAAAGGGGCUCUUUCCCUUAGCCAUGUGGCCCAUCUCAAGAUCGGAAUCACCCAUGUGACAGGCAGUGGCAUCUCUUGCAUAAAGCGUUUAGAGGUGUGGGGUCAGCCAGCCAAGACCUGCUCUCAGGAGGUAAUCAAUAGUGUCUUGAUAGCAUCAGGAAGCGUGCCGAAGGACUUGGGUCUGCACACCCCAGCCUCGCCCAUGGAGAGUGACUGUGACUCUGGGGGUCAGUCUGAGGGCCAGGAGCCUCCCUGUCUCUUGCAGGAGAUGUCGGAGGUGGUUGAUGAUGUGCCUGAGGAGUUCCUAGAUCCGAUUACCCUGGAGAUCAUGCCAUGCCCCAUGCUGCUGCCCUCAGGCAAGGUCAUUGACCAGAGCACCCUGGAGAAGUGUAACCUCAGUGAAGCUACUUGGGGCCGAGUGCCCAGUGACCCGUUCACAGGGUUAGCCUUUACCCCACAGUCCCACCCGCUACCUCAUCCCUCCCUGAAGGCCCGGAUCGACCGUUUCCUACUCCAGCACCCUAUUUCUGGCUGCCAUCUGCUUGGGAGAGCACAAACUGCAUCAGCAAUGACCCCUUCUGUCAUUACCCUGCCCUCAAGGAAAAGAAAGCAGGAGCAGGCUGAACACAGCCUUGGCAUGAAUGCCGCUUCCUCUCCCACAAGCCCUCUGCUCUCACCCACUACCUCAGAGCCCACUGCUAAGAAGAUGAAAGCCCCCAGUGAACUCGGCCUGACGGAUAUGGACUGUUCAGCAGGUCCAGUGUCCCAUGAGCAGAAGUUGUCGCAGAGUUUGGAAAUCGCCUUGUCUUCCACCCUUGGCUCCAUGCCUUCCUUUACUGCCCGUCUCUCCAAGGGGCAGCUCCAGCAGCUGGGCACAAGAGGGAGCAGUACUGCCAGGAGGCCAGACACUAGCUACGAGCACCCCAGGAGUGUCUGUGGUCCAGCGUGUGCCUCCUGCAAAAGAGCGUUUUCCUCCUACUGCACGAAGGAGCCUGUGUACCAGCUGCGCUGUGGCCACCUCCUGUGCCGACCCUGCCUGAGUGAGCAGCAGCGCUCCCAGCCCAUGAUGUGUGCAGCCUGCCAGCAGCCAGUCGCCAGCCAGGAUGUGCUGAGGGUCCAUUUUUGAGGGACCAGCCUCAACUGAAGAAGCCCCAUUUUGUGGGAGACCUGCAGGUGGCCCAGAGCUCAGUCCUGAGGCUUAGGGAAUCUGCUUUCAGAGUUCCCGGGGGACUUUUCCACGGAGGUGGCCAGUAGGGGAUUGUCACCGUUCUCCUACACACCACACCACCAGUGCCUGCUGUGCUGCCCCUUCGUGUGAGACACCAGGGUCUGCACAUCGCCACUCCACGUCUGAGCUGCCCUGCCAUGCGCUCUGUCCUUAGCCGCACAACUACAGAGGGCAUGGCUUGGGGCAAGAACCUCCCCACAACCUCUCAUGGUCUCCGGAGUAGCCCACUUCUCACUCAGCCUUUACCCUCAGUGUGAGUGUUGGGAGCUAUGUCUGCCCCCAAAGAACUCUGCAGCUCUACCAGAGGUGCCUGUCCUGCUCUGUUGGACAACAAGGUCUGAAAGCCUUUGGGGUGGGCAGGACCUAGCCUGAGUCCAGUGGGGAACCAUCCCACACCCUUAAUAUGAUUAAGCUUUUCUCUUCAAGAUUUGACCCCCACCCCCACCCUUGCCAGCACCACAGAGCUCUGGUUUUCUUCCCUAGAACGCAAGAAUGAAAGCCUGGUGUAGUGCAAGCGUAAAGGCCAGCCUGGGCUCUGUAGCAAACACUGUCUCAAAGACACAAAAAUAAAAAGAAAUACGUGAUUUGGCCCCAUGGCGUU